CGAAAGAUUUUAAAAUGAUCAUCAUAAAUCGACACAUAAUGAGUUACAAUUUUAGAAUUGAAUCAUUAUAAGUUAGUACUCGUGGUCUUGAACUCUUGAUGAGUAUUGACUCUGUAAAAUGUUAACGGUCGAUUUCUUAUUAAUUUUCGAGUUUUAACCAAAAUCAUACAGAUAUCAAACAAGUAAACAAAGGCAGCCCAUUCUCUCGAUCAGAUCCAUAUCAUCAUGUCUCAAACUUAUCAUGGUUCAAAGUUCAAACACACAAACACACUUUAAUUUGAAUGGAGAGAUUAUUAAUUAGGAGGUGGGUUGGCUGGCAAUCCAACCAUCUUGGUCCACAAACACCUCCUUGGAGAACUGCCUCAAGAGGGAAGGAUCACGCGGGUCCAACUUCUUCUCCCAUGGAACUCGCUUCGAUUUGUCUGCUCCCGGUCCUCUACAGUCCGCCUCCACGUACACGAAAUUUUGCCUAUAUCGAAACACAUAUGCUUUGUUGAAAUUUACAUUACAUUACAUGCAUGAUAAAGAAGGGUAUAGAAGUACAAGUAGUGCAUUAUUAUGUGUCACUCACUCUUGGCCGGCGUAAUGCCAAGCGUCCCAUCCACGAGGGUCGACGGCGGCGGACAGAUAGGUGGACUGAAAGAUGACCCUCGAGUACUUCCGGUAAGCUCGCCCAAGGAGAGUGUGGACGCCGGGGGCGCCGUCUUCCACCCGGCCGCCGGAGAACACAAACCCGCUCGGGUCGUUACCGUUCUCCCUGCCUUGCGCCGUGAUGAACCCUCCUCCCGUCACUUUUAUCUCUGCGUUCUGCGUGCAGAUGUAGGGAUGACAAUUUCGACAUUAUUCGUUUUAUUCGAUUUGCUUAUAUAGGUGGGAUGGGUAUGGAUAUAUAGUCUACUUUAUUUGACCCGCUCUAUUUUUUAUCAACUUUUGCCCAAAUCACAUGUAAUUUUACUCAAAUUAUUUAUAAUUUGACUUUUAUUAUCUUAUAUUUUAGCUAGAAUAAAAUGGUGAAUGGGAAAAACCUCAAUUUCUCCAAUAAUUUAACUACAAAUAGUUUGUUAAUAAAUUUGUAAUGAAAAUUUUUAUAUUUUAUAUGUUUUGUGUUUAAAUUACAUACUCAUAUAGGUUAACAUACCCUGACCCACGUCGUGUAAUAAAUUACCUGAUCUAAAACUAAUUUACCACGAGAGCAGCUGUAUAGAUAUUGAGAUAUCCACCCGACUUGCUCUUCCCAUGAGUAGUAUAUGUGUCACCACUUGACAAAUUUAACGAGUCGGUCCAACUCGUGACUCGUGACGAGUUUACCAUAGAUAUAUCAUGAGAAACAUGCACCAACGAAGUUGACAACAUGAUAAAAUAACUAAAUAAGAGGACAUGAUUGAUGAAAUUAUUACUCCUAUAACGAUUAGGAGUUAUCGUAUAGUGCCAUUUUAAGAAAAUCGUAUUUUUAAUAGAGACAUUAUUUGACA